AUGAUAGAGAUACCUUAUGCGAUAGUCACUGGGGCCACUGGAGGGGUUGGUAAAGCCAUAGUAAGAAAAUUGACGAGGGAAGGAGUGAACUGUAUUGCAAUUGGGUCUAGUACUGACAGUAUAACGAAGAAGCUACGAUUUGGGGAUGAUUUAUUGUUUACGGGGGCCCAUCAUAGAAACAGAGCUGUAGCGUUAGAUCUCGCGCGAUGGGAUGGUGAGUUCAACCAUUCUGCUGCUACAAUUGAGGGUUAUAUCGCUGAAGGUAAUAUUAGUACCAGUAAUAAAGAAUUGGUUCUGAGUAAUGCAUUGGCAUUUGACAACAACGAUUCAAACAGAUACACCCUUCGGGUUCUAGUCAACUGUGCAGGAAUAACCCAGGCAUCAGUUGGAAUUAGAAUGAGUCCUAAUGUGAUAAGCAAUAUGAUAAACGUCAACUUUGCAAGUGCUGUUUAUUUAUCCAAUUAUGCAGCUAGAUUACAAAUGAAACAAAAGUCAAGAAAGCGGUUAGAUAUCAUAAAUGUUAGCUCAAUAUUGGGCGGGUUCGCAGACAAACGAAACUUCAUGAUUCAAGGCACAUCCAUAUACAGCGCCACUAAGGCUGCACUCAGUCAAUUCACAAGAGUAUACGGAAAGGAAGUCGAAAGACUAUCCAUCAAUUGUCAUGACAUAGCGCCAGGUCUUAUUCCAGAGACCGACAUGAUUAAAAACUUGCCCGAACGAGCACAGGAAAAUCUACUGCGAACAAUAAAUGGAGAAAUAACUACUGUAGAUGAAGUGUCCGAGCAAGUAUUAAGAAUCUACAAAGAAAGUUGA